ACAGAGGGUGGAGACGCGUUGCAUUCUGGGACAUAAAUAAAGCGCAUUUAGGAAAACGGGGAGCACAAAGGAACGAUAGAGGCACCUUAUGAACUUUUAAUAGUAAGUUAGUGGAAUGUCUACUCUUAUAUUAAUGAAACUGCUGUUGUUGCUGCAGGAGUCCAGUUAAAUAGUCUAGUUGAAGCUGGAGGGAUGUGAGUGAGGAGCGGGAGCAGCGGGUAAAGUGUCGCCGUGUGUUGUGCUUCUCACCCCAGUCGGUCGGAGGUCUCUCCAACCCGAGGCCGAGGACCGAAGCCCUGCUCCGUGAGAAGGACAUCGUCCCCCAAUUAAACCAAAGAGCAGUACUGUGCAACUUAGAAGAUGGGGGUCAAAACCUUCACCCAUAGUUCACCCUCCCACAGCCAGGAGAUGCUGGAUAAGCUCAACGCACUCCGCAGUGAGGGCCACCUCUGUGACGUCACCAUCCGUGUCCAGGACAAGCUGUUCCUGGCCCACAAGGUGGUCCUGGCCUGCUGCAGCGACUUCUUCCGCACCAAGCUGGUCGGCCGCUCAGAAGAGGAAGACAAGUUUGUGCUGGACCUCCACCACGUCACGGUCAGUGGCUUCACCCCCCUCCUGGAGUACGCCUACACCUCCACCCUCUCCAUCAGCACAGAGAACAUCAUCGAUGUCCUGGCAGCCGCCAGCUACAUGCAGAUGUUUGCCGUGGCAAGCACCUGUUCAGAGUUCAUGAAAUCCAGCAUACUGUGGAGCUCCGGAAACAACGGCAACAACAAUUUAGGGGCAGACAAGCUGCAGGAGUCUGCGCCAGAGAGCGCGUCGUCGAACUGUGUCCUGACGCCCCUGGACGGCAGCCUGUCGCCCGUGUCGUCUGACUGCAGCUUGAUGGAGCGCAACGUGCCUGUGUGCCGGGAGUCGCGGCGCAAACGUAAGACCUACGGCGUCGCCAUGGCCUCGCCCGAGAGCCUCCUCAAAUGCCCCACGCAGCUAGUUGCCACCUCCCCUCAGAUCCCCCACCCCUCACCGUCCUUCUCGGACAGCGCGGCCCAGCCCGUGGAGUCGUCUCUGGCCUUCCCCUGGACCUUCCCCUUCGGCAUGGAUCGCAGGUUCCACUCUGACAAGUCCAAGCUCCCAGAGAGCCCCCGAGGCCUGGACCACGCCACGGCGGCGAGCGUGUCCUCGGUGGAGGCGCAGGUUGUUGGCCGGCGGCUGAGCGACUUCCUGACGUGCGAGAGCUCAAAGGCGGGGUCGUCGCUGAUGGCGGUGGAAGAGGAGGACGUGAGGGUGAAGGUGGAGAGGCUGAGUGAUGAGGAGGCCCAGGAGGGUUCCUCUCAGCCCGUCAGCGCGUCGCUGAGCGACCAGCAGACGGUGCCUGGGAGCGAGCAGGUCCAAGAGGAACUGCUCAUCAGCCCACAGUCUUCCUCUAUAGGGUCGAUGGAUGAGGGUGUCUCUGAAGCCUUGCCAUCAAUGCAGAGCACGUCGAACUCUAGAGGCGAAGAUGAUGAAAGGCUGGAUGGGAUCCAGUACCCCUACCACCUCUACAUCAGCCCCUCGGCCCGCUCGGGGGCCAAUGGCCCAGACAGGCCCUUCCAGUGCCCCACGUGCGGAGUGCGCUUCACGCGCAUUCAGAACCUGAAGCAGCACAUGCUCAUACACUCGGGCAUUAAGCCCUUCCAGUGUGACCGCUGUGGGAAAAAGUUCACGCGGGCCUACUCCCUAAAGAUGCACCGGCUGAAGCACGAAGGUAAACGCUGUUUCCGGUGCCAGAUUUGUAGCGCCACAUUCACGUCCUUCGGCGAAUAUAAGCACCACAUGAGGGUCUCCCGACACAUAAUCCGCAAGCCGCGGAUUUACGAGUGCAAAACGUGCGGCGCCAUGUUCACCAACUCUGGCAAUUUAAUUGUGCACCUCCGGAGUCUGAACCAUGAGGCGUCCGAACUAGCAAACUACUUCCAGAGCAGUGAUUUCCUCGUGCCCGACUACCUGAGCAAAGUGCAGGAGGAGGAGGAGGCGGCUGCAGCGGUGGCACUGGGGGUCCAGUACCAGCUUGAGGACCCCUCCCCCCACCUCCACCACCUUAAUCCAAUCUAUCCCAGCAACAGCACUUCUCCCACUACGGCCUCCGGCACCGCUGCCACCUCCUCCUGCUCCUCCUCCAUCCAGCUGCCGGUCAUCUCCCAGGUGUCGUCCUCCACCCAGCCCUGUGAUGGUUCCCCGCCGGGCUUCCUGUCUCACGAGCCGCCCCAGGAGCCGCCGGGGCCCCCCUCCCCCUCCAUCGAGACGGAUGUCGACGGUGGGAUGGUGGCCCUUGUGAAUGGCCCCGCGGCGGGGCAGGGGGCUGACGGAGGAGGGGGUGUCUCCAUGGAGGAGCUGCAGCAGCACGCCCAGGCCCAGGAGCUGGCCUCCAUGAGCGUAGAUUGAGGAUCCCCCAGCACAUUACCCCUUACAGCCCCUACACCCUUCCAGCCCCUACACCCUUCUAGCCCCUACACCCUUCCAGCCCCUACACCCUUCUAGCCCCUACACCCUUCCAGCCCCUACACCCUUCUAGACCCUACACCCUUCUAGCCCCUACACCCUUCUAGCCCCUACACCCUUCUAGCCCCUACACCCUUCCAGCCCCUACACUCUUCCUGCGCUUACGCCCUUUUAGCCGCUAACCUUUUCCAGCCCCUACACCCUACUUUUGGAAAAGAAAGAAAAAGUGCCUGAGAUUCUGUGAAGUACUGUAGAGAGUGGGAAGAGAGGUCUUCACUUGCCAAUGCUGACUAAUCAAGUCUGUUUGGGCAAAUAAUAGUUCAGCAUUUAUAGUUCCCAUGCUAGUUUGUAUGAACAGAGACCUUCUCCUCUAGGGUCAUCGUUAUAGGCAAACUGUUAAUUGUUAAUGUUGCAAGAGCUUGUACUGUAAUUUUUAUAUCUGAAUGCUAUGUCUGUUGGGUGUCGUAAGGUGUGUGGUUGUGUUUUUAUGUAUGUGGAUUUUAGUUUGUAAAGACAAUAUGAGGAGGUAUGGAACCUUUCAGCUUUUCAUUAAGAUCAACAUUUGAUUGAUGCUUGUAUAGAAAUAUGAAUUGACUCCAUGUACGGCCUUUAACAGAGUUGUACAACUUCUGAAAAAAGAAUUGGACCCUGAUAUGUCCAUAAUAUGGUCAGGCAUUUUAGAAAAGUCUACUUGAGCAGAAGUUGAUCUGAGCUACUUUCUCAACUUUUAAUUGAUCAACCAGAUCUAAAUGGAGAACAGCAGUAGUCAUGACCAGCAAUGUUUUCUAUGGCGAUUCUAUAUGGCUGAAAGACUUGCAGUAAGGUAGUUCUUCCACCACACUCACCUAUGGUUAGCGUUGGUGUCUCAUUUAAACCCUUUUUUGUUUUUACAAAUCCAAUUUUCUGUGGAAUCAUUUUGGGACACGCAUGGAUCCCUGUUACGGCUGCCACCCAAAUCUAUCAGAAGCAUUGAGGUUUGAUAUGAUCAACAUUGAAAUACGUGGCCAUAUCUGUGGCAGACCUCUGUGCAAAGCCACUGUUUUAUAAUAUGUAUUAUGACAGCUGUUCAUAGAAAACAAUAUAGGCCUAGCUUAUACCAUACCUUUGCAAAGUCACGGCUAUGCGUGUGAAUGUUUUUACUGUGAGUGUAUCACUAUCAAUGAUUUAUGCUAAAGAGGCAGUAUUUCCACUCAUCAACAUCUGUUGAUAAUCAGAGCUCUGACAAGGCCUUUGUUGCUUUUUUUGUUCUGGCAGAAGCAUUUGGUUGAUUUCUUGUAGUCGGUGUAGUAGGCAUUCUGUACUUGGUCUUUAUUGUGUCUGGUAAAGAUAAUGAUACCUGUGGUAAUUUCCAUCAUUUGAAUACUACUGAUAUGUAUUACUGGUUUUAGAAAAUUGAGGUGCUCAUCUUUAAUAUGCCCCAUCCCCCGAGCACAGCUCAAGAGCAAAAGUUAAAAAUGUGAUCGAAAAAAACGCAGGAUCUCUGGUCUAUACUGGUUUACAGUGUUUUUUUCUAAUUGGCCCAGUUAGGUGUCUUCAACAAUUUCAUCCAAUCAGUCAAAUAGAUUGUAAUUGCGUUUUUUCCUGUCUCCUUUCUCUUCAAACAAAGGCUUGAGCGUUUACCCUUUUAAAGAUGAACACAGAGUCGAGCUGUGUGGAGGUAUUUCAGAAAAUGCUGUCAUUGGUAUAACUUCUAUGGACAUUUGUCUUAAUGAAAAGAGAUCCCCAUCAUAUGCUAUAUUGUCAGAUUCUUUGGGAGGUUCAACUCCCCGUGACGAUUGCGCUGAAAUCAACUUCCUCCCACUCCACUCCCGAAUUUUGGACCAAAUGAUCUCGCCUCAUUCGAGAAGAUGCCACGGCAAUCAGUAAUUGCACAUAACCAAUUAAUGAUAAUCAUUUAUAAGGUCCAUGCUGCUUAGCAGAGGGGCUGUGCUUUUAUUGCCCCUUAACACUGUCUGAUAUUGUGCAUUUACGAGGCUAGCCUUACAAAAUGGACCUAUUCAAGUCGAGUUGCACAGUCAAACUUUUAAGAAGUAUUUUCUUUCUGUUCUCCAUUUGAAUGUUCUGAACUUUUUUAAUGUUGUCUUGUGCAGUGUUCAAACAUGUUUUUUGAUUAUGAAAUGCUGCUCUUUGUCAAAAAAAAGCGAAAGUGCCCAAAGUAUUUUUGUGAACCUAGUGUGCAAUAAUUUGACAAGUGUCGAAAAGGAUAUUUUGUGCUUGAAAAAAGUGUAAUUUUGUGUAAAUCAAUGACUUAAGGAAAGCUGAAGAAAAAGAGGCAAGGAUCCCAAUCAAUCUGUGAAAUCAAGCUUAUCUAGCAAACAGCUGGUUCUCUCCCAAUACGCCCUUCCAUUGUCAAGUUGCAUGUUCAUAUGAUUCUAUGAAUUGGAGAGCAUGUUCUGCUGCCUCCAUGGGCAACCCCUUCCUGAUGUUCUGUCAUGGCCUUAUUCCUAGAUGUCUUCAUUACCUUCUUUUGUUCUUCAAGCAUGUUUUUUAAUUUCUGUAAGUAGCUAUUUUUCUGUGCAAUGUUUUGUGAUAUCUUGAUUAUAUACAGUACAUGCCUUUUUGGUGUACAUUUGAUUGAUGAUUUUUUCCACUUCAUAUUUAAAUUUGCUAAGAAAAAAAAACUGUAGCUCUUCACGAGUACAAAUAUAUAUAUAUAUAUAUAUAUAAAUAUAUUUUUUGGGUGAGUUUUGUAUUAUGGUUGCUGUUAAAAUGAGUAUGCCAUCUUUGGAUCUUCUUGAUUAAUGUGAACAGGAGGGUGUGUGCGUGUGUGUGUGUGUGUGUGUGUGUGUGUGUGUGUGUGUGUGUGUGUGUGUGUGUGUGUGUGUGUGUGUGUGUGUGUGUGUGUGUGUGUGUGUGUGUGUGUGUGUGUGUGUGUGUGGGGGCAUGCAGGGUUGUGAUUGGUAGUCUUCACUUUGUGAGUGUCUUGAUGUGCAGUUAUACACAAAACGUACUAUAUUGCAUAUUAUUUUUACUGUAGGUUACUGGACUGCAACCUGCUAUGAGACAGAUGUUGUAUUUUGUGACUUUAAUACUGUAUUUCAAGCUGUUAGUUUCAAGAGUUUUGUUGAAAGUUCCCAGAUAGUAACGAGACCUGCACAUUAUAUGUUGUAAAAACAAAAAAGAGAAUAAACAUCAGUUUGUUGUAUUGAGUGUCAUUAACUGGAUCUCAUUACAGAGUGUAUAUUACAAGGGGAACACACCUUGUAACGAUGCUAGUAUUACUAGGUGUAUUUCCCUUGUAAUACUGCUAGUAUUACAAGGAGAACACACCUUGUCAUUCUAGCAGUGUUGUCUGCUUGGUCUUGGUUAGGGUUCUGACAUUUCAGUCCUGCUGUUAUAAAGCCUUUUUUGUGUCAAAUUUAAUUUAAAUAAAUCUUAACUUGCAGCCAACAAUGUUGUUGUGGUUUUAUAGUGAGAUUUCAUGGCUCAACGCGUUAAGUGAGUUCAACUGCUCCUUGUGUAUUAUAGCUGCUGAACCAGUCAAGUGUUUAUGUGAAUCUCCUUAAGUGGAUAAAUGGGAUCACAGUAUCUUGAUCCCUCAUGUGACGCAGGCAGUGAGGUAGCGUUUGGACCAGAUGACAACGUUCUGUCCCUGGGGAGGGCUGCUGGACC